AUGUUAGCCUAAGCGUAGCACAGCUCUUGCCGGUAAACAACCGAUGAGUUAUUUUAUACGAAACUGACUCGUCAGCUUAGUAUACGGUAAUUCGCUUUCCCAAAUUUAAAGCUUAGGAAUAUUCUUGAUAAGCCCAAGUUGUGGGUUACAACAGCUUCAGGAGAGAUAUCAACUCAUUGGAAAAAGUGUUGAGACAUGUUAACUGAAUGAUGUGUGAUUAAAACAAAAGUACCAGGAGAGGCUUGGAUUUUUACACUUGCUUUUUCUGGAACAUGCAACAUAGAAAAAGUAAAGUAGUAGCAACAAUGAAUAACAAAAUACAGUCCAAACCUAGACCUGCAGAGAGUUUUGUCUUUGAAGACAGUAACUACAUUAACCAAACACUGCUGAAUCUCAAUAAGCUGCGGAAAAAUAAGCAAUUCUGUGAUGUUAUCUUGCAGGUUGGAACAGCCCAAGAUAUUCGUGAAAUACAUGCUCAUCGUGCUGUCUUGGCCAGUGCAAGUCCUUAUCUGUUUGAGCUUUUUGCUGCUGACCGUAAUGGUGGCCACGUUUGUCAGAUUAAGACCAAUGGUAGCUUUGAUAUUGAUGCUUUUGAAAAGCUUGUGGAGUAUGCUUACACAGCUAGAUUUGAGGUGCCAGCUGACAAAGUCAAACAAGCUUAUGUAGCAGCUACUAAAUUGAAGAUGACUUCUGCAGCUAAACAAUGUCGUGGAUUUCUAAUAAAAAAUCUCUCGCCAGACAACUGUAUAGAUGUCCGUUCCAUUCCUGGCCUGUCUCCAGACUCUGAUCCCGAACUUAUUUCAGCUGUGGACAAUUAUAUCAGACAAAAUAUAGAUGACAUUAUUCAGAAAAAAGUGUUUCUAUGCCUUCCUCACAUUCAGGUUGAACAGUUGCAAAAUAGUAGUGAAGAAAUGCAAGCAACUAAUCAGAAACAUCUCUGCGAAAUGGUGUUAGAUUGGAUAAGAAAAUAUUUUGAUGAAGAUGAUUUGAAUAUUGGUCUUGCUACUGAUAAGGUACACAUGUUAUACUUGAACUCAGAUGGGACUUUACAUGAUUGCAAUGACAUUGAAAGUGGUGACUUUAUAGAUUCUGACUUGAUCCAAGACUACAAGAAGUUGUCUCAGCGUAUUUCUGUUCCUAGCAAAAUGAAUAGGAAAAGUUCUGCUCAGAAUACAUUCCAUAAACCACGUCAGUUCUUGUACACAAAGUCUGACUCGUGUUCUUCACUGUCCUCAUUGUCCGAUGAUGAGGAACGAGAUUGGAGAAUAGUAGCCACAACAGCUGCAGGGAAAAACACAAUAUUAGCACUGAUAGUGGUAUCUGGAAAACUAGAAGUUUUGUCUGUCAACCAAAGACUGAACACACCAUCUGGUAGUAGUCCAGCAAUAUCACAGCCUGAAUCUGUAGAGAAGGCUAAUAAUUAUGCUCUGAUCCCUCCUAUGAUCUCAGGACGCUGUGCUGUUGGGACAGCCGACUUUCAAGGGAAACUUUUAGUGUGUGGUGGAUAUGACAGAGGGGAGUGCUUACGAACUGUUGAGCUUUAUGACCCUUUUACGAACAGGUGGUCCAAACUUGAGUCUAUGAAAGUACCCCGUGGCAGGUUUGACAUCACAGUUUUAGACAAUGAAGUAUAUGCCAUUGGUGGAUCAGAUGGAACCAAGGAAUUGAACUCUGUCGAAGUUUACAGCACUGCUACUGCUGGUUGGAAACUUUAUCCAUCAAUGAGUAUUUGUAGGUCUAAUUGUGGUGUUUGUUGCUUAAAUGGGAACAUAUUUGUAAUUGGUGGCUGGAAUGGACAGAGAGGCUUGACUCACUGUGAAGUUUAUGAUCCUAAAACUCAGUUGUGGAUGAAUGUUGCACCUCUGUCAGUUGGUCGAUACCAAGCUGGAGUUGGAGCUAUGAAUGGAGAAGUGUAUGCUGUUGGUGGUUGUGACUCCUGGAGCUGCAUUAACUCUGUGGAGAAAUAUGACCCUUCUACUAACUCGUGGUCUUUUGUUACUUCAAUGCACACAGCACGUCGAGGUUGUGGAGUAUCUGUCUGUAAUGGUAAGCUAUAUGCUGUAGGAGGUCACGAUGGUGUUCGUUCACUUUCAAGUGUAGAAAUCUAUGAUCCACAGACUAAUGCAUGGAGUUCUGGGCCAAACCUGACGACCUGUCGAGCCAAUGUUGGAAUCUGUGUUGUUGGAAAUCAUUUGUAUGCUGUUGGAGGAUUCAAUGGAAGGACAUUCCUUAACACUGUUGAAUUUCUGGAUGCUCAAACUAAUGAGUUUACUACCUUUGUUUCAAAAAAAGCUGCCUCUCCCCUGGAUGAAGAAAAUGGUUUGUUGGGUUAAAGCUACCAGAAGACUGCUGUUGCAGAAGAACAGUCUGAAUAAUUCAAGCAUAAUUUGCUUGCAAGCUGUACAUUUUAUUUCUGUGAACAAUGUUACUGAAGAGUACCAAACAUAUAUUUAAAACACAUACAAAAAAACUGUCAAAUUUCUUUAAAACUUUUUUUGAUUAAAUCAUAAGUGAUACAGAAAUUUCAAAAUGAUAAAAACAGAUCUUUUGGAGGGGAAAAUACCACUUUUCUAAACUUAAGAGGGAGGGGUUCUUGCUAAUUCAACAUUUGUGCAAUAGAUUACUAUUAUCUCCUUUAUUAGACUGUACAGUACAUUGAUGUUUGAAUUUAUUGUGAAAAUAGGUUAUGGCUAUAAAAGUAACAUCAAGUUUAAGUAUGGUUAUUGCAUUACUCCAAUGAUUUGGAGCUUGGAAUAGGCUAUUUUUAGGGUGAAAAUAUAAUAUUUUAAAUAAAUGAAUGAAUAAGAGAAUGUUUUAUGAUAUGUAUUAUUAAUAAACAAAUCUGGAUUUUAAAAGCAUUUAUCUGAAUUUGUGGAUGUAGCCACCAUGUAUAUGAAAAGUGUUAUCUGUAAAUAAGAAGUUUAUUAAGUUGCAGGAAUUAAUUUGUUGAACUUGAUGUCAGUUAAAAGAAAAAAUUCAUUCUACUUGUUAUUGUGAAGUGAAAUUCUAAAAUAUGAAAUUUUGUAAUAGUUUUUAUAUGGAAUAUAUUUGUAGUGGGAAUGUUUCGGUUAGCAUGUACUAUUACUAUAUAGCAGUUUAAACAUCCUUAACACCACUUUUAAUAAAUUUCCAGAUAAUUGUUUUGGUAUUCACAGUAAUUUAAGAAUUUAGUUAAAUUUUAAUCAUCACAUAUCCAAUGAAGUUGAGUAACAAUUUCUUUCAGACUGUUGUUUCAAGAUAUACUUUGAAUAUUAAGAGUUUUUUAAAAUAGUUGAAAUACUGAUUGACGUCUAUUCUUAUAAGAUUUUUAAAGUUUUUACUUGCAUAUAUUGUAUGAAAAGGUAUAUAAAAAAACUGGUUCAAAUUUUAUCCAUCAAUUUUGUAUGUACAGUACUUUAUUGGCAGGAGUUAGCUUUUUAAAUACAAAAGAAAAAAUUAUUAACCAGCAUUAUAUAGCCA